GCGGCCGCCAUUUUGUGCAGUCGCUGGGAAGGAAGGAGACGCCUAGACCGCGGCCCUGCCCGGUUUGAGCGUAUCCAGACCUACCCACCGUCUUUAUAACCCCGAUUCUCUGUGUUUUGCUCCCGUCUCCGACGAGAGAGGCGGCGACGGUGGCGUCUGCGACGGGAGACAGCGCGUCGGAGCGAGAGAGCGCCGCGCCUGCCGCCGCCCCAACAGCGGAGGCGCCGCCGCCAUCGGUCGUCACCCGGCCGGAACCGCAGGCCCUUCCGAGCCCGGCCAUCCGUGCCCCGCUCCCCGAUCUCUAUCCAUUUGGGACCAUGCGCGGAGGCGGCUUUGGGGACCGGGACCGAGAUCGAGAUCGUGGCGGAUUUGGAGCAAGAGGUGGUGGUGGCCUUCCCCCGAAGAAAUUUGGUAACCCUGGGGAGCGCUUGCGUAAGAAGAAGUGGGAUCUGAGUGAGCUUCCCAAGUUUGAGAAGAACUUCUAUGUAGAACACCCAGAAGUGGCCAGGCUCACUCCAUAUGAGGUUGAUGAGCUACGCCGAAAGAAGGAGAUUACAGUGAGAGGUGGAGAUGUUUGUCCUAAACCUGUCUUUGCCUUUCAUCAUGCUAAUUUCCCACAAUACGUAAUGGAUGUGUUGAUGGAUCAGCACUUCACAGAACCUACUCCUAUCCAGUGCCAGGGAUUUCCAUUGGCUCUUAGUGGCCGGGAUAUGGUGGGCAUUGCUCAAACCGGCUCUGGCAAGACAUUGGCGUAUUUGCUGCCUGCAAUUGUUCAUAUUAACCACCAGCCAUACUUGGAAAGAGGAGACGGCCCAAUUUGUCUAGUGCUGGCUCCCACCAGAGAGCUUGCUCAGCAAGUACAGCAGGUAGCUGAUGACUAUGGCAAGUGUUCCAGGUUGAAGAGUACAUGCAUUUAUGGAGGUGCGCCUAAAGGUCCCCAGAUUCGAGAUCUGGAAAGAGGUGUGGAGAUCUGUAUAGCUACUCCUGGAAGACUGAUAGAUUUUCUGGAGUCGGGAAAGACAAACCUUCGCCGAUGUACUUACCUUGUGCUGGACGAGGCUGACAGGAUGCUUGAUAUGGGCUUCGAACCCCAGAUCCGUAAAAUUGUUGAUCAGAUCAGGCCCGAUCGGCAGACACUGAUGUGGAGUGCAACAUGGCCAAAGGAAGUGCGACAACUUGCUGAGGACUUCCUCCGAGACUACACCCAGAUCAACGUGGGCAACCUGGAGCUGAGUGCCAACCACAACAUCCUUCAGAUCGUGGAUGUCUGUAUGGAGAGUGAAAAAGACCACAAGUUGAUUCAACUGAUGGAGGAAAUAAUGGCUGAAAAGGAAAACAAAACAAUAAUCUUUGUGGAGACAAAGAGGCGCUGUGAUGACCUCACUCGCAGGAUGCGCAGGGACGGUUGGCCUGCUAUGUGUAUCCAUGGAGACAAGAGUCAACCAGAAAGAGACUGGGUCCUUAAUGAGUUUCGUUCUGGAAAGGCUCCCAUUCUCAUUGCCACGGAUGUAGCCUCCCGUGGGCUAGACGUGGAAGAUGUCAAGUUUGUGAUCAACUAUGACUAUCCUAACAGCUCAGAGGAUUACGUGCACCGCAUUGGCCGAACAGCCCGGAGCACCAACAAGGGCACUGCGUAUACUUUCUUCACCCCAGGGAACCUAAAGCAGGCCAGAGAGCUGAUCAAAGUGCUAGAAGAGGCCAAUCAGGCCAUUAAUCCAAAGCUGAUGCAGCUGGUGGACCACAGAGGCGGCGGCGGCGGCGGGGGAGGCCGCUCUCGAUACCGGACUACUUCUUCUGCCAACAACCCCAACCUGAUGUAUCAGGAUGAGUGUGACCGGAGGCUUCGAGGAGUGAAAGAUGGUGGACGGAGAGACUCUGCGAGCUAUCGGGAUCGCAGUGAAACCGAUAGAGCCAGCUAUGCUAAUGGCAGUGGCUAUGGAAGUCCAAAUUCUGCCUUUGGAGCCCAAGCAGGCCAAUAUACCUACAGUCAAGGCACCUAUGGGGCAGCUGCCUAUGGCACCAGUGGCUAUACAGCCCAGGAGUACGGCGCUGGCACGUACGGGGCUAGUAGCACCACCUCAGCUGGGAGAAGUUCUCAGAGCUCCAGCCAGCAGUUUAGCGCCAUAGGCCGGUCUGGGCAGCAGCCGCAGCCUCUGAUGUCACAACAGUUUGCACAGCCUCCAGGAGCUACCAACAUGAUAGGUUACAUGGGGCAGACGGCCUACCAGUACCCGCCCCCGCCCCCGCCCCCUCCCCCCUCGCGGAAGUGAGCCCUUUGGCAAAUGGCUCCCACAAGCUAAAACAUCUAAAGGAACGCUGUCUUUCCUUUUUUUUUUUCUUUUUUCCCCCUGCUCUUCCACACUUCUCUUUCAUUAUUUUUCCCCCUCCCAACCAUUGUGAUUGUCUUUUCAUGCAGAUUAGUUAGAACUCACUGCCAGGUUUCUUCUGCCCACCAAAAGUGAUCCAGUCUUCAGUAACAGGUUUUGUAAAAAAAAUAUAUAUAUAUAUAUAUAUACACACACAUACAUAUAUAUGUCUGACUGGAGGAGAUGAAUUUCCCCCAACUUGCAUGUUGAGGAUAUUUGAGCUAGUUUUCCUCUUCAAAUGUAAACCUAAUGGCCCUUUUGUGGGAGCCCUGAGUUGGGGGGUGGGAGGGCUGACUUGGGCAGGAGGAGGAGGAGGAGGAAGGCAUCUGUGCUCUAAAUUGCUCUCAGAACUGGGUUAGAAAGCCGAGAGGGAUUUCCCAUAAUGGGUUUACCAUUGCUCAAGUUUGAUCAGGGUUCAGGCCCAGAUGACUGAAGACACUGCUUUGUCAUUGUCAUUAAGGAUGUGUUUUUAAUUUAAAACCACCAGUUGAUGGUAUUGGUUUGGCAUAUGGGCCCAGGCAACCAAGGACCAUCUAUGAAAUUCACUUUCUAGCCAGACUGCUGUGAGCAAAUGAACAUACAGAAAUGCUCACAGAAAUGCGUUCACCUGCAGUAUAAAAGGCACCUUUAAUUAUAAACAAUGUACUCGAAGUGGGCAGAUGAUUUUCCUUUUAAACUCAGUAUUUGUAGAAGUAGAAUGAGAGCAACUCUUUGCCGGUGCCACUGCCCAUUUGACCAAAUUAUCUUGAGCAAGAUUUCACUGUGCGCUGGUCUCCGCCAGUCCCGCAGUGCUUUCUAACGACUGGUGUGCUGGUGUGCGUACUCUCCACAGGUAGGUAGUGUCUAGGACACGCUCUGGGGGCCUUUUUAUUUUGCCUCCAUCUGAAGGUAGGUGAGUUGACCCCCUGCUGGAAGUACUGCCUUACCCAGCUGCCAGCCACAGCAGAUGGACCUGGAAAGCAUUCUAUGCUUCUGUGUUCACUGUGCCCAGGUAGGGCAGCAAGACAGUCGGCUCCCAGCCUUUGCCUGACCCUGUGUGGAAGGAGGGCUCCGCCUCCAAGCCCCCUCCCUGUGCUUCCGGCGGCAGUUAGAGGAGGAAGGCCCCCCAGCUGCCUUCUUGGGCUGUGGCUUUUGAGUGCUUGCUGGUUUGUAACACCUGACCAUUAAGAUGAUCUCUGAAGGUUUUAUUUUUGUUUUCCCUUUAAAAUCCUUCAGGGAGAGAAAAGGGAUGGUUUCUGAGGGGUUCUCAAAGUAUGAUUCAAUGUGCAACAGAUACAGGUAGGUUGUCAGCAUAAGCUGAAAUUGUGCAUGUGAAAACUUGGACAGCCUUUUUUUUUUUUGUUUUUUUCCAACUUUCUUUUUCUUUUCUUUCCCCAUCUUGUAGAAGUUGAGGCCGAGUGGGGAGGACAGUAGGCAUAGAAGAAACUAAAACUGCUCUGUGCUUGCAACCAAAGUGCCGUGUUUCUCUGCUCCCAAAACAUGUCUGAGCACUGGCCAUGCACGCUGUUGUGGACAUUUCUGCAGCCACAUUCAGGUUGAUCCCCCCCCCCUUUAAAUAGAUUAGGUCCUACUCUAUGGCUCUCAAACACAUCUGUUUCUGGGACAGGCUGUCUGGGUAUGUGAGCAGUGUAGUAUCUGAGUCGCUUGCUUGCCCUCUUCAGUGAGGAAUGUUGUGAACAGAAAAUAGCAGUGUAUUGGCCAUUGCAAAAGCUCUUUGUGGCCUGAGCAUAGCUGUGAGGUUGUGCUCUUGAGUUGAGAGUAGGAGUGGUGAAUCCUGGCUGGCUAGUGGUAGUAGUGGAAAGGGCUUCAGUAUUAAGCCAGGGGCUGCUGCUCCCCAUCCUCCCCCCCCCCCAACAGUUUAUUGUGCAGACCUCUCAACUAAAAGGUUAGUGGCUUUUGCUUGGGAUCAGUGCUCUCAUGUCCUUGCUGGUCUCUGAACACAUUCCUGUCGUGUUAAGACUUGAAAGAUUUGUAGGCGUGUGAUGUUGAGGCACAGGAGGCAGGCUAAGAGCAAUGUUACUAUUCUUAGUUUGUAAAUUGUCCUUUUGAUACCAUCUUGUUUCCUUUUGUAGGUAUAAAUAAAACACUUGACAAUA